AUGUCUUCAUCAGCAUCAUCAUCGGAGAAGCCUCAUUUACUCAAACCUGUUCAAGGAGGAGCAACAGGUCCAACAAGUAUCGAAAAUGUAAAUUACAAGUGGACACAAGACAUUUCAUCGUUGAUGCUCGUGAUUCCCUUUUCUCAACCAGUUACAACCAAAUCGGUUAAGAUCAUUUUCCAGCCAAAAUCAAUUAAAGUUACUGUUGCUGGAUUUGAUACUCCAAUUAUUGAAGGAAAGUUAUGUAAAGAAAUUGAUGAAGAUGAGAGUUAUUGGCAAAUUGAAGAUAAAAAAGAAUUAAUUAUUAAUUUACAAAAGGCAGUCGGGACGUGGUGGGAUUGUGUGAUAGAUGGUCAUCCAAAAAUUGAUACCUCUCAAAUUGAUCCACCUCAAGCUAAUUUAUCUGAUUUAGGACCAGAGAUGCGACAAACUGUCGAGAAGAUGCUAUUCGAUCAAGCGGCUAAGGCCACUGGUAAUCCCACCUCCGAAGAUAGACUCAGACAAGAGAAUAUUCGCAGACUGAAACAAAUGCAUCCCAAUAUUAAUUUUGAUGGAAUGGAUUUCAGUAAAGCGCAAUUUAACUUUUAG